AUGGGCUCUACUUCUGAGAAGCCCCUCUUACUAUUCACAUCCUUCCCGGGAGAGGGCCACACCAACCCGGUCCUCGCCAUCGCCAAGCACCUCAUCCAGCGCGGACACACGGUCGCGUAUCUGUCCACCAGCAGAUACCGCGAGAAAAUACUCUCCAUUGGCGCUGAGUUCCUUUCGGCAGAAUGGCCAAUUCCGGGUCUCGAUCCCCAAGCCGGGACGGCCUUGCAGAGCAUGCCCAUUGGGGUUGGUCGCUUUGCCUACCUGCUGAUUCACAUUUUCUACAAGUGGCUCGUCUUGAGGGUCGAUGCCGUGUCUAACGCGCUGGAGUUCUUGCGAAGAAGGGAACCGGGCCGAGAGAUUAUCAUUGUCGAAGAUAUCCUGAACAUGAGCACGAUGCCGUACCGAUAUGGCAGGCCUCUGCCGGCAGGAUUCAACACAAUGCCCAAAACAGUAGGCAUCAGCCCCGUGCCAUUGAUGCUACAAAGUCAAGAUACGGCACCAUUCAUGCUCGGCCUGCCGCCCGACACUUCGGAGUCCGGGAGACUAAGGAACAAGGCGCUGAAUAAGCUCGUCAACGAAGGCCCCAUGAAGCCCAUGGUUGACGUGUGGAAGGAGGUCAUGACGCAGUGUGGCUGUACGGUCACGCCAGAAGGCAGUCCGUUGAAUGCGUGGUUUGACGCAUACGACGCUACGUUUAUGCUGUGCUCGCCGAGUUUGGAGUAUCCAAUAUCGGAUUUGCCGCCUCAUGUGCGUUUCGCAGGGUGUCUGCCACGAAGGGGCAUAGACGCUCACACGAAACAUCCCGCCUGGUGGUCUGAAGUCACCGAUACGGCGCCCAGCGCCGGCCCCCGAACAACCAAGAUCGUCUUUGUGUCCCAGGGGACGGUCAGCACGAAUUGGAACGAGCUCGUUAUGCCUGCACUCGCCGCCCUCGCCGGCCGAGACGAUACCCUCGUCAUCGCGGCGCUAGGCCUUCCUGGUGCCACACUUCCCGAGGGGUUUGAUGUCCCGUCUAAUGCGAGAGUGGCCGACUACGUGGCGUACGAUGCUAUUCUGCCCUACGCCGAUGUGUUCGUCUCCAACGCAGGGUACGGCGCUUUCGGGCAUGCUGUCAUGAACGGGGUGCCGGCCAUAUUCGCUGGCGAAACAGAGGAGAAGCCCGAGGUGGCCAUGCGUGCGGAAUGGGCUGGCUUUGCGUACAAUUUGAAGACACAGACGCCGAGCGCUGAGCAAAUCAGAGAUGCCGUGGAUGCCGUUUUCGCGGAUGACAGGUAUAGAGUCAGAGCGCGCGAGCUGAUGAGGGAAAAUGAAGAGAUGGAUGCGCUGGGCAUGAUUGAGAGGCAGAUAUCAUCUGUGCCUCGGGUAGUGAAUGGUGAUGCAUAA